UUCCCGGAGGGUCCACAUGGGUCGGGCCGGGCGCGCUCCCGUGCAGCCGGCUCCGGCCCGGACCGCCCCAUGCGCUCUCCCUCCCGGCCCUGGCGCAGGCGCAGGCGCGGGCACACGCGCCGCCGCCCGCCGGUCCUUCCCUUCGGCGGAGGUGGGGGAAGGAGGAGUCAUCCCGUUUAACCCUGGACUCCCCGAACUCUCCUUAAUUUGCUAAAUUUGCGGCUUGCUAAUUCUUCCUCCUUUCUCUUCCCUUCCUUCCUUCUGGCUCACUCCCUGCCCCGAUAGCAAAGUCUGGUUUAUAUUCAAUGCAAAUUGGAGCAAACCCUACCCUUCACCUCUCUCCCGCCACCCCCUAUCUUUCUACAUUGCUUUCCAUCGAACUCUGCAAAUUUUGCAAUAGGGGGAGGGAUUUUUAAAAUUGCAUUUGCAAAGUUCGGUGUCUGGGCUGGCGAGUGGGGGAGGAAGGGAAUGGGGAGUAGGCCCCGCCCCUACCGUCCUUUGCAAAUAAAAAUCUAGCGGGGCGGGGGGGAGGAGCAGGAAGUGGCGGUGCGAGGGCUGCUGCACAGCGAGCAGAGCCGCGGUCCGGACGGCAGCGCGUGUCUCGAGCUCUCCGCCUCCCCCCGCCCGCCAGCCGAGGCAGCUCGAGCCCAGCCCGCGGCCCCAGCAGCAGCGCCGAGAGCAGCCCCAGUAGCAGCGCCAUGGCCGGGUGGAACGCCUACAUCGACAACCUCAUGGCGGACGGGACCUGUCAGGACGCGGCCAUCGUGGGUUACAAGGACUCGCCCUCCGUCUGGGCCGCCGUCCCCGGGAAAACCUUCGUCAACAUCACGCCAGCUGAGGUGGGUGUCCUGGUUGGCAAAGACCGGUCAAGUUUUUACGUCAAUGGGCUGACACUUGGGGGCCAGAAAUGUUCGGUGAUCCGGGACUCACUGCUGCAGGAUGGGGAGUUUAGCAUGGAUCUUCGUACCAAGAGCACCGGUGGGGCCCCCACCUUCAAUGUCACUGUCACCAAGACUGACAAGAGUGAGUUCCUGAGUCUUAUCCUUCCUCUAGCGCCAAGAUCUCUCAUGUACCGCCUUCUGGUAAUCUUGAGGGUGCUUUCUUGUGUGAUUCCCCAGCAUGAAGGGAGUCAGACCAGUAUUCUGCCCCUUGUCUGCUGGAUGCUGGAUGGAACAUGGGAUAGUCCCUCCAUUUCCGUCUCAGUUCCUCAUCUUGUAAUUCGAAGUUGUUGAACUGCAUUACCUCUUAAGUUACUUCCUGCCUUGAGCUCGGAUUAGAAACUGUUUUCUAGGAGUAUAGGUAGAUUGUUGGGGUCCUGAAUCAUCAUUUAGUUAAUCGUUUGAGCUCUUUUGUUAGAACCUGGAGGUGGCAUGCUCAUCCACAGCCCUUUCUAGCCUGAACAUGAGUCAACAGUCUAUGAGCCUUUGACCCCUAAGUUUUUAGUCUGUUCCUCUCCAGCAUUUAAGCUUGAUUUUCCUCUUUUGAAAAGCCUUAUUGUUUCAGGGUGACUGACAGC